CAUAAUAUGACAUUCUCUAGAGGUCGCAUGUGUGUAGAUCCUCCAUUUUUGUUUUUGCUGUUUAACUAUUCCUCUCCCAUAGUGGAUUGCAAGAAUCAAAGUUGUUACAUCAGUCAGUGUUGGAGUAACAGAAAAUAUGAUUCAGCACUAGUAAUGGGCAUGCCUACCCUAGUACCUAUCCCCGUUAGGGUUGAUCCAAAUGAAUUUCCCUUGGUUACCUUGUUUAGACAGAAAAGAGAUUUUGGCAUCACGGCCGCAAUAGUCACUGCAAUAGCGGUUUCUGCAGCUGCGGCGGUCACUGCAGGGGUUGCCAUGGCUAAUCAGGUACAAACAGUUACUCAAAUUAAUGAAAUAGUACAGAAGACCUCUACUGCCUUUUCCUCACAAGAGAAAAUAAAUGCUCAUUUUGCAUCAGGAAUCUUAAUGCUCAAUAAGAGAAUAGACCUCUUAGAGGUAGCCUUACAAGAUUUAUUUGAUGUCAUCUCUACAAGCUGUGUAGACAGAACUCCCCACAUCUGCGUAACACCCUACUCUGCGACCCUCAAUGAGUCUAAGCAGUUGUCUAAUAUUCUGAGUGGAAAUUGGUCCAGAGAAUUCGAGCAAUUACAAGCUAAUUUCAGUUAUCGCAUUCAUGUGCUUAACAGCACCAAGGUAGAAUUGGUCACUAUAGGACAAUUUUCAGAUUGGAUGGUAAAAACCUUUUCCUAUUUUAAGGAGUGGAUAGGAGUUGGCAUGUUUGGCGCGUUUUGUCUGGCAGGACUAUUUUUAACUCUAUUCCUUUUCUGCAAAAUGCGAGCAGUUCAGAACAGGGAAAAGGUUGUCAUUGCUCGAGCCUUGACAGCUCUGGAAGCCGGCCAGUCUCCUCAAGCCUGGAUCAGCCUCUACAAAGAUCUCUGAGGCUUUAUUACUCAGGCAUUUGCAGCCCUGGAAUUAUGCUCAAGCAUUUAGAUAGCUGACCGGACAGCUCUUGCACGCCCGGAACUCAGGUUCAUUGCACUGGGCAGAGUGUCCAACACAGCACCCAAG